AUGCCCAAGAGCCCCAAAACAGAUGACAGUGAAAUUAAAGGGUGUAAAUACAGGAUGGGCGGUAUUACACUAAUCGGUGUAGUGGAGGAAAUUAGACAGCACUUGUUGCACAAACAGAGCUCAGAGUAUGCUCAAAACCAAAAUCGAGCGUUUUUGUUCAACUUGCCUUCUCUGGCUGGUUGGUAUUUGAAGGACCAAAGGGCGUUGAUGGGUCCAACAAAUAGAAUCCUAUUCGGAAGUAUUGCAACUGAUCUGUUCAGACAAGCUACUGAUGUGGAUCAUGCACAGAGUACAUUUUCAGUCAGAAGUCAUAGAUACAGUAUAAUUGUUACCGCCACUUUAUUCCGUAUCCUCCUCAGUAUCAGCACUCGUUUCUUUCCUGUAACACUGGACCUUCAGCCACUACGAAGGCGCCAAAAGCGUGGCAAACGACUUCGCUCUUCCAGCUUUGGAUCAGACACAACUGAAGGAAGAGGGAGGGGAAAGGACUCGGAGACUGCUCUUCCUGCCAGCAACAGAAGCCGCCACAUUGCUCAACAAAGCUGUGAACGUCUCGUUACCAGUCCAGACUUGGAGGUACCCUCAGACUAUGUGAACACUGUACCACCAAGCAACUCUCCGAUUGUUGCAUCAGUCAUGCCUCCCACUGUGAAUCACCCAGAAUCACUCCAUCAAGUACCAUCUAUUUCCCCAAUCACCAAUCAGGACGAUGACAACAUACGUUCAGAUUCUCAGCACUUCCUGUCCUCUCUCGCUGCUCCUAGAGGACAAGAUCUUCCUCUUGCCGAUAUUACGGUCAAUACUCCACACUUGGCAGUACACAGAGAUAUCCAACUGCCAGAAUCAGCACAGAUUAAUGCCAUUAUGCAGCAAAUAGACAACAUGUGGGCUGCAAUUGCGCGUUUACGCCAGUCGCAUCUUGAGCGGACAGCAGCUUCUGCUCCGGUUUCAACGGAUCGAAGAAGCGAAAUCAGUUCCUCGUUACCAGAUUAUGCCUCCGUCGAGGACCCGUUUGCUGAAUAA